UUCUCAGAAAAUGUUUGUCAUGUUUGGUUUUCUGUUGAUGAUCGCAGUGGGCUGUUGUGCAACUGAUCAGAACUUUGAGAUAAAAUCUGUUGCUCCUCAGCAAAAUGUGACUUUUACAUGUCCUCGUACGUUUGAUUACCAAGAAAAGGUGUAUUGGAUCAGAAUCAUUUCUGGUCACCAGCCUGAAUUCUUGGGAGGAACAAUUGGCUAUGAUUCAAGUGAAGUUAAUCAAACUCCUCAUUUUACAACCAAACAAGAACUCGGAAAUUUUAUUCUGAACAUUCAUCAAACUCAGAUCAACGACACUGGACUUUACUACUGCAUACUGACCACCAUCUUGACUGACAUGAUCUUUUUGAGAGGAGUGUUUCUCACAGUUCAAGGAGCCCAAUCUUCCAUCUCUGGCAUCUUUCAAGCUCCUCCGUCUGCUGCGGUCCAUCCAGGAGAGUCGGUGUCUCUGCAGUGUUCGGUCCUCUCUGACUCUGAGAAGAAAACAUGUUCAGAAGAUUACAGAGUUCACUGGUUCAGAGCAGGAUCAAAUCAAUCUCACCCCAGCUUCAUUUACACUCAUGGAGGCAAUGCAGAGUGUGGAAACUCUUCACAGAAAUGUUUCUAUAACUUCUCUGAGAAGGUCAAUGUCUCUGAUGCUGGUACUUAUUACUGUGCUGUGGCUGCAUGUGGAGAGGUCAUGUUUGGAAAAGGAGCAAAACUGGACAGUAAAGACUUCAACACAAGACCUUUAAAUCACACAGAAAUAGCUCUUUAUAUUGUCUGUGUUGCUUUGGCUGCAAGUGUGACUGUUUCAGUCUAUCUCAUCUGGACCAUCAAGAAGAUCAACUGCAAAAGUGAUGCUCAACCAGCCAGCAGCGAUCAGCAGACAGAUGAAGCUGUAUUGACCUAUUCUGCACCAACCUUCAGCAGGAGAAAUGUCACCAAAUCAGAAAGAGGAAACACACACUCAGUUCAGGAAGAGACGAUCUACACUGACAUGCUUGUUCACCACUGAUAAAGAAUUUACACUCUCAAUCUGCUAAACAAUUUUUUUUAACUUUUCCAAGCUGAUAUUCCUGCUUCAUGUCUACAUUUAUUCCCAUUUUUUAAAUUUUUAUCUGAAUGAGCAACUAACCCCCUUGACAGAGAUUUACU